AUUUUAUUUUUACUAACAUUUUCUAAUAAUCGUUUUCGACGACUAACUUUAUUAAUAGGAGCCCCAAAUACUUAUUCCAAAACUUACUCUACCCCAAAAAGACCAUACGAAUCAUCGCGUCUGGAUGCUGAAUUGAAAUUAGCUGGUGAAUAUGGUUUAAAGAACAAGAGAGAAAUAUAUAGGAUUUCCUUUCAGUUGUCAAAAAUCCGUCGUGCUGCCAGAGAUCUUUUGACUAGGGAUGCAAAAGAUCCAAAAAGAUUAUUCGAAGGUAAUGCUUUAAUUAGGAGACUAGUUAGAGUAGGUGUUUUAUCUGAAGAUAAGAAGAAAUUGGAUUAUGUUUUAGCUUUGAAGGUCGAAGAUUUCUUGGAAAGAAGAUUACAAACACAGGUCUACAAGUUAGGUUUAGCUAAAUCUAUUCACCAUGCUAGAGUCUUGAUAACACAAAGACACAUUGCGGUUGGUAAACAAAUCGUUAACAUUCCAUCCUUUAUAGUUAGAUUGGAUUCUGAAAAGCACAUUGAUUUUGCUUCUACCUCUCCAUUUGGCGGUGCUAGACCAGGUAGAGUAGCUAGAAAGAAUGCAAGCAGGAACUCUAAAGGUAGUGAGGAAGAAGAGGAAUGA